AUAAAUGAACGACUGAAAUAUUUGACACAGUUCCAAUUCAAGCGAGCAUUGCAAAUGUACCCGAAAGCUUGGGAUUUCCCACUCAAGACGACAGUUGACAACUGAAUGGUUCACUAGUACCUGACUGUAAAGGGUUCAGUAAUUAUAACCGAUUUUGAGUAGGGAGCACUGAAAGUAAAAUGGAGCCCGCUGAAAGACAAGCUUUACACACUGUAAAGGAGGAAUUACAGAACUGUGCAGUGGUCAGUGACAGAAUGCUCAGCUAUCUCCUACAGAACCAGAAAAUCACAAAGGCUGAAAAAUAUGAACUAUCGAGACAAGGAGCCAACUGCCAAAGAGUGAAAAGAAUAUUACAGAUCAUGAAAAAUCGAAGAGAACCCUUAAAAACACUCACAGAAGCUUUACUCCUGGAUGUGAAAAAUGACUACAUUGUUCAGAAACUUAAGAAAAAGGUUCGAUUUUGCCGCAAGCGUCUUCAAGCACAAGAAAACCAGACUUCCUCCUACUUCGGUCAGCUUGAUGAUGUUGCCGAUGUUCUGUACACGCGUGGAUAUCUGACAAUUUAUGGUCAAUCUAGAAAAGUCAGUGCAGGAACCAGCCACCAGGCUCUUGUUGACGACCUGAACAAGUUCGUUGAGGAUGUGACCAAGUGUCGUGGGAGCUUGGAGCCAUCCAGCGAGAGACAGAGUUUUCAAGAAAUCAUCGCCGAGUACAAAGAAAAGAAACAGCAGGAAAUUGAAAAUGCUAAACUUGUGUGUAGCAAACUCGUGAAAAGCAAAAACAGUGACUUGGAAGACAAAAAGAAGCACAUUGCCGACUUACAAGAAGAACUUACAAAAUUGAAAGUGGAAAACGAGUCUAUGCGCAAGAAAAUGGGAAUGGAAAUCAAGAACAAGGUGCAGGAGAAUGUGGAUCGUCUUCUGAUGCUUCCCCGCCUGUCUCCCGCUGAUCCUUACAGGGAGACGGAGGCGGACAAGCUAGACAAGAAAUUACGUCAGCGAUCCCUGGAGAGAAACCCAGAGCCAGUAGAGCACUCUGAUUCUGGAAGUGAAUAUGACUCUGAAUGUGAACAGGACAGUGAAAUUCCUGGUCCGAGGCAAAGCACGACAACGAUUCAGAAAGGAUCCAAGAUUGUCCACAACUACAACAUCUACAACAAUCACAUGUACAGCAGUGCCAAAGUGUUUCAAAAUUAGUGUCUUAUCUAAGACUUUUUAACAGAGUAGCUUUAAAGUUGUUACAUUGUUAUAUCUUUUCUAUUGUACAAAGACUUGUUAUUUAUUUUGUUAUAUGAUUAAAGUUGUUGAAAAUAAA